ACUCACAUGGAAGCGACGCCUUUCAUUGCUCUCUUUCUGCUUUUUAAAUCACUAAUAUGUUGCUUUAAUGUGUCAUUUAGUGGAUUUCAGAAAAAGUUGUUAGUUUGAAAACAUUUAGUGUAACGAUAUCAACAGAGAUAUGACUUUUGGGCUUUUAAAUGUCACAAAUAACUAGGUAAAUGUUGACUUAAAUGGCACAAAUAGGCUCAGAUAUGUGUGAACUGCAGCUGGAUGGAGUUUCAGAUGGGAUGGAUCUGCUUCAAAUAGACGUGGAGACUGACGUGGUGGAAGACAGAUUAGGGAGAGAAGCUGGACCGUUUUCUAGAAAUGUGUCGAGGAAGCAGCGACACUGGGAGAGGCAGCUGGCAGCAAAGAAAAGCAAGAGGAAAGAAGAGAAGCAGCGGAGGAGGCUUAACCGGGAGCAGGAGUCAGGUUCCCAUGCAGAUAAUCUUCAGUUUACCAAACGAGUCAUGAAAGCGAUCACAAAAGAGCGUUUAGCUGAAGCUCAGUCCACAGGACUCAAACUCUGUGUAGACCUGAGUAUGACAGACAGCAUGUCUGAUAAGGAGAUCAGUCGACUGGCCGGCCAGAUCAGAAGACUGUACGGUUCAAACAAGAAGGCGAUUCGACCAUUUCACCUUCUCCUGACAGACCUGAGGGAGGACAGCCGUCUCUACAGAGAGUGCCUACGAAUGAACGCAGGCUUCCUCAACUACAUGAUGGACAUAAAAGAAGAAAGCUGUCUGGACCUUUUUUCUCCAGAAACUGUUGUCUACCUCACACCAGAUGCUGAAGAAGCUUUAGAAACGGUGGAUGCUGACAAGGUGUACGUCCUCGGUGGCCUUGUGGAUGAAAGCAUCCAGAAGAAGUUGAGCUUCUCGAGGGCUAGAGAACUGAGCGUCCACACGGCGAGGCUGCCCAUAGACGAGUACAUGGUGAAAAAAAACAAUGCCAAGAAUUUCCACUCAAAGAUCCUGGCUGUUAAUCAGGUGUUUGACAUCUUAUUGACUUUCUGCAAAACCGGCAGCUGGACAGAAGCGCUGCAGGCAUGGUUCCCCCAGGGGAAGGGUUAUGUUGUUGCACCAGAGUUUUCCCUACCACUUUCCAUCCCUCCAUCACAAACUUAGCAUAGGGAUUCAUUUUCAGUCAGGAUUUAUACAGAACCCUUUUUGCAUCCAUGUUACUUACCUGAGGGGAUUAAUUACAAUGGGAUGUGCCUGGUUACGGAGAAAUAGCACACUGAAGUUUAACAUUUCUGGGUAUUGUUUACUUUUACCAACAACUGUAAUAUUUUAUGGCUGGAAAUGUUUAAAAGUUCUCAUCUGACUUUUGAAUAAAACAGUGGAAUUUUUGUAUUUUUA